AAGACAUCACUUCCGCCUUCAGUAAUCAUGGCGCCUCCGAGUAGAAAACAAGUGCUGAGGUUCAUCGCGCAGUUCGGAGCUUUUAUUCUGACCCGGUUCGGUUUCUGGAACUGCUUCAGCAUGCUCAUGCUUUUUGCCGAGCGGGCCGACGUGAAAAGGAAGCCAGAUAUCCAGGUGCCGUACUUGUACGUUGACAUGGCAGCAGCAGUGUUGUGUGCCAGUUUCAUGUCGUUCGGGGUGAAGAGGAGAUGGUUUGCUCUCGCCGCCGCAAUCCAGUUGGCUUUCAGCACGUACGCGUCCUACAUCGGUGGACAUGUCCAUUAUGGAGACUGGUUAAAGGUGAGGAUGUACUCGAGGGCCAUGGCUGUUAUCGGAGCUUUCCUAGUGCUGGCCAGUGGAGCAGGAGAAGUGUACAGGCAGAAACCACGUACACGCUCACUACAAUCCACUGGCCAAGUCUUCUUAGGAAUCUACUUAAUCUGUGUGGUUUACUCCCUCCAGCACAGUCAGGAGGACAGAUCAGCGUACUUGGACCACAUCCCCGGUGGUGAGAUCACCAUUCAGCUCCUGGUUAUUCUCUUUGGCUUGCUCGCUCUCUCUUUCCUCUCGGGGUACUACGUGCGUUUAGCCGCACAGAUUUUAGCCGUGCUCCUCCCACUCAUCAUUCUGUUCAUCGAUGGAAAUAUUGGCUACUGGCACCACACGCGCCGCGUCGAGUUCUGGAACCAGAUGAAGCUGAUCGGACACAAUGUGGCCAUCUUCGGAGCUGUGCUUAUCCUCGGUACAGAUGGCUAAACACACAGGAAGUGAAUGUCAGCUUAGCACAAAUAGUGAACAGUAGCUGCAGUGGUGCUUAAAAGUUUGUGAAACCUUUAGAAUUUUCUAUAUUUCUGCAAAAAUGUGACCUAAAACAUCAUCAUUUUCACACAAGUCCUAAAUGUAGACAAAGAGAACCCAGUUAAUCAAAUGAGAUAAAAAAUAUUAUACUUGGUCAUUUGUUUAUUGAGGAAAACGAUCCAAUAUUACAUUUCUGUGAGUGGCAAAAGUAUGUGAACCUCUAGGGUUAGCAGUUAAUUUGAAGGUGAAAUUAGAGUCAGGUGUUUUCAAUCAAUGGGAUGACAAUCAGGUGUGAGUGAGCGCUCUGUUUUAUUAAAAGUGCAGAGAUCUAUCAAAGGCUGAUCUUCACAACACGUUUGCGUAAAUGUAUCACGGCGCAAACAAAGGAGAUUUCUGAGGACCUCAGAAAAAGAGAGUUGUUGAUGCUCAUCAGGCUGGAAACGGUUACAAAACCAUCUCUAACGAGUUUAUACUCCACCAAUCCAGUCAGACAGAUUGUGUACAAAUGGAGGCCACUGGAUUUCCCUCAAUAAAUAAAUGACCAAGAAUAAUAUUUUUUGUCUCAUUUGUUUAAUUGGGUGCUUUUUGUCUACUUUUCGGACUGGUGUGAAAAUUUGAUUAGGUUUUAGAUCAUAUUUAUGCAGAUAUAUAGAAAAUUGAUAAAGGGUUCACAAACUUUCAAGCACCACUGUACAUUCAAACCGCACUGAACGGUUGCUCCAAAUUAUGUGUUAAAUGUCAGAGUAGAGUGGCAACUCUUGAGUUCAAUAUUGGCUAUGUCCAAACCUAGAGAAGAAAACAUUUCAGAUGUUAAACUGCAGAGCUGGCUUUGUAUCUGACAUUAUUCAGUACGCUAAUGCGCGGCUUUGUACUUGGAGGCGGAAUACUCCUCUGGCAUACUGUACCGGAGAGAUGGCACAAUAUUAUUACACACUGUUUUCAGAUUAUGUUCUGAUUAUGUUGCCUGUUUCUCAGGGUUGAAUUGGAAUUCUUCUGUCGUCAUUCUAGAUACUGACAGGCAAAUUAUUUAUGAAUCCAGUUUAAGAAUAGAGAUAUCACCUUGCUACAUUUUUGCCUGUGGUCGUCAUUUUAAAGAAAAGGCCAGUUUGAAAAAGGUGUUUGAAUCUUAAGUGACUGUUUACAUUUCAUUUCAGCUUUUUUUUUUUUUUUUUUUAACUUAAUGUAAGAUUUGCUACAGGUCUUAAAAAUGUUGGAUUGUUAAUUAGAGCCUGUUUAAAAGGCUGUUUUGAAUGCUGUAUACUAUGUUAAAAAAGGGGGAAUAUUUUUUGUCAGCUGUCAUAAGCAAUUCCAAGACUGCUCCAUUACUGGCAGCUCAUAGCACUACAUUCUUUCUUAAUGAAAUAUCAUUGCAUCAUUGUUUAUUAAACAGUGAAAGUUUUCUAUUUGAA